AUGACUCUGUUUGGAAGAAGCAGGUCCAAGGACUGGGAGAACGACUUGUCGGUCAUUCGAGGCCGGCGAAGUCUGUACUAUCAACAAUUCAAAGGAGAGGAAGAGAUUCUUCUCGACUGCGUCGCACACGAACGAGAAGACUCCAAGUCCGUGCAAUGCGUUGUCGACUACUUGAUGCAACGAUGGCGGAAUCCGCUCACUGAGGAAGAAGCCUUCUCCGCCGCCCGGGCCUUCGUCGAAGAAACCAAAAACCACAGCGCCCACUGGGCAACCUGGAUCUCCUCAUCCCUCCUCACCUACUCCCCCAAAAAACUAAAACCACGCCCCCCACCCCGACCAUCAAUCUGGCGACAAGACCACAUGCAAGCCCCCACCACCACGCAACCCUGGUCCCGCCUCCUCUCCCUCCCAACCGAACUCCUCCUCUCCAUCCUCAGCUACACCAUCCUCCCCUCCUCAAAAACAACCCCCUUCGCCCCACCCACCUCCACCCGCGGCCUCCUCAUCGGCACCCUCUCCUCCACGCACCCGCCUAUAGCCCGCACCUGCCGGCGUCUCCGCCACGAAACUCUCCCGUUAUUCUACUCCCUCAACACCUUCAUCUUCCCCCUCACGACCUUCUCCGCCCUGCACACGAGCCACCUCUUCCUCGCCGCCCUCACCGACAAAUACGUCCCCUGUCUGCAGAACAUCCUCCUGCUGGGCUUCGACCGCGUGCCCCUCCUCUCGCACCUCAACCACCCCCACCCCGUCCCGCACGGCAUCGCCAUGGCGCUGGCGGGGAGGUACACCCUGCGGCCCGUGCGCAUCGCGGUGAAUCUGAGGAGUCUGAGCAUGGAGAUUCAGACGGAGGUUCCGCGGGGUGGGGAGUGGUUGUGUAAAUGGGAGGGGUAUCUGCGGGAGUUGAAGGAGUGGUUGGGCGAUGUGGAGGUUGGGGAGGCGGAGGUGAGGACGUUGGUUUCGGAGUUUGGGAGGGGGGUGGAGGAUUUGGAGAGGAGGGGGCGGAGGGUGGAGUGGUUUGGUUGA